ACGUCAUCGACUCGGCUCCGCCCCCAGGACGUACAACAGGUUGACAGGACGCCCUCGGCUACUUUCAGGAUUUCUGGAAAAGGUGACUUGGACAUCCACCUCUUCCAAUGAGAUUACUCGAGAAUUUGGGAGCUCCUGCUCCAGGCCUCGAAGCUCUUCUAGAAAUAGUGAUAUCUUCUAGAGACAGUGAGGAACUUCUGGCCUCCGAACGCUGGGGGGCACUGUGAUCUCUCAGUGACCUCUUGGAGACCGGAGUACCAGGCGCAAGCGCAGUCUCGGUUUUUUGCCGGCUUCACACGUGUAAACCUUGUGGGCAAGUUUUUCGACAAAAAUGCCCAAAUUCAAGGUGACACGUGGGGCCAGAAAUCAGGAGAGGCAUGAACCUCUGGCCGAUCAGAUUCUGGCAGGGGAUGCAGUGCGUGCGGGGGGGACCCGAGAAAAACGGCGUGGACACGGGGUCGAAGAGGAGGAAGAGUAUGUGGGACCCAGGUUGAGCAGACGGAUUUUGCAGCAAGCCCGGCAACAGCAGGAGGAGCUCGAGAUUGAACAUGGGGCUGGAGAUCGGCCUGCGAAACCGCGAGAGCGCGCCACGCGGCUGGGCCCGGGAGUGCCACAGGAUGGAUCGGAUGAGGAGGACGAGGAAUGGCCUACCCUGGAGAAGGCAGCCAAAAUGACCGGGGUGGACCACCAGGCCGAGGUGGUCGUGGACCCUGAAGAUGAGCGUGCCAUUGAAAUGUUCAUGAACAAGAACCCUCCGGUCAGGCGCACCCUGGCUGACAUCAUCAUGGAGAAGCUGACUGAGAAGCAGACAGAGGUGGAGACUGUCAUGUCAGAGGUGUCGGGCUUCCCUGUGCCUCAGCUGGAUCCCCGGGUCCUGGAAGUCUACAGAGGAGUCCGGGAGGUGUUGUGUAAGUAUCGCAGUGGGAAACUGCCCAAGGCUUUUAAGAUCAUCCCUGCACUGUCCAACUGGGAGCAGAUCCUCUAUGUCACUGAGCCUGAGGCCUGGACUGCAGCCGCCAUGUAUCAAGCCACCAGGAUCUUCGCCUCUAACCUGAAAGAGCGCAUGGCUCAGCGCUUCUACAAUCUUGUCCUGCUUCCCCGAGUGCGAGAUGACAUCGCUGAAUACAAACGACUCAACUUUCACCUCUACAUGGCCCUCAGGAAGGCCCUGUUCAAGCCCGGAGCCUGGUUCAAAGGAAUCCUGAUCCCGCUGUGUGAGUCUGGCACCUGUACCCUCCGAGAAGCCAUCAUCGUGGGCAGCAUCAUCAGCAAGUGCUCCAUCCCCGUGCUGCACUCCAGUGCGGCCAUGCUGAAGAUCGCUGAGAUGGAAUACAGCGGUGCCAACAGUAUCUUCCUGCGCCUGCUGCUGGAUAAGAAGUACGCAUUGCCCUACCGGGUGCUCGACGCUCUGGUCUUCCAUUUUCUGGCCUUCCGGACAGAGAAGCGCCAGCUGCCCGUGCUCUGGCACCAGUGCCUGCUGACACUGGCACAGCGCUACAAGGCUGACCUGGCCACAGAGCAGAAGGAGGCCCUCAUGGAACUGCUUCGCCUGCAGCCUCACCCACAACUGUCCCCUGAAAUUAGGCGUGAGCUUCAGAGCGCAGUCCCCAGAGAUGUGGAAGAUGUAGUCGUCACCAUGGAAUGAGAACAGACACCUGUGUUAGCCCAGGGGGCGUGGGAGGACCCCGGGACCCCGAGCUGGUGUAAAGACCUAGGUCAAGACACUGAAGGGUUACUAUGGCUUCUGCGGCUCCAGUCCUGGGCAGGGAGGACUGCAUCUGGUUUGCUUUCUCUGCCAUUUGAAGCUUUGGUUCCUGGUCACUUCUGCAAGCUAACUGGAGUUACCCCAGUUCGGCACCCCCACAGUCCACCUGGCACUUGGUGUAAGGGCUGCCCUCUCCUGAUACUGUGUAAGCUCACUAGGGUGCGGGGAAAACAAAGGCGGUUAUUUAUUAGAACGCUCGUGUUUUGGUCCCUGGAGAUUCCUGCCUAACCAGGUGGGAGUCACUGCUGGCUCUUCCCUGUCCCCAGCUCAGAGGAGUGCCUUCUUGCUUUCCACAGAGCCCUCAUCCCACCUUAUUCUACAAAGUUGUGUCUCUAGACUCUUGCUUCCUUUGUUCACAGGAAGUGUGUGUUUACGUACAUGUGCAUACUCCCCCUCCUACCCCCCAACUCUUGACAUACAGUCAGGGACAACUUUAGGGAUGACUGAUUCUGCUGUCAUGUUGGAAAGGUGUCUGUUGGAAAAGUGACAGUUGCUCACUGUCAGGAAGAUUGUAUUGCAGGAGCAGGCCCUUUCUAGGGAACAGUGGCAUAACAGAAUCAGAAAAAAAAUGGGAUUUCUUCCUAGCUUUCUGGGCAGCACGAGCUUUAGGCCAGUUCAGUACCUGUGUCUGUGUAACUAAUAAGCCAAGAAUGCUGUCUGGUUAGAGACAGUGUUUCCCCGUCUAUCCUUACCUGUCCUGGAACUCGCUCUGUAGACUGGGCUAGCCUUAAGCUCAGUGAUCCACCUGCCUGAGAUGGCUCAGCUGUUCAAGGCUUGGCUUGAAAUCUUUGUAAAUUUUUUAACGGUUUGAGAAAAUUUGUGUGAAGUUUUAGUAGCAGCCAGCCAUGGAUCUGUAAGUUUGAGGUCAGCCACUGCUAGCUAGCUACAGGGAAACCCUAUCUCACCAAAAGCAACAAAACCCUUAGACCAUUGCAUCACAGCUGACUGACUUGAAGUCAUCCUGCUAUAUCUAUAUAAAGUGUGUCUAUAACUAUCUA